AUGUCCCUCGCUAUAGCAGUCGAGGAGGUGGUGAAAGUGUUGCGGAAGCUUUACCGGUUGAAGGCUGAAGAUGCCGCGGAAUAUGAAGUGGCCGUCAGGGACGCUUUCUCACGCAUAAUGCGACUUUUCGAAGUGAAGAACAAGGAGGAGAUCCGAUUGAAAGCCAACAUUGAAUCCAUUGGAGAGUUCACCGCCCGCUACUGCGCAGGGCAAGGGUCGAUUGAGGCCACAUCAGACACCAUUUUGGGCUUUUUGACAAAUGGUCCCGUUGCAAAUGGAAAUUAUUUGCAGGAGUUGCAAGAGCUGAUCAAGGAGUUUGACCUUGAUGCGUCGGACACCUCGAUUGGCCACUUGAUUCGAGAAAAGCUUGCAAAAGCCGCGCGAGUGUUGUUGCGGUCGCUGCUUGAUACCGAAAAGGAGCUCCAAAAAUAUGUCCGUCGGUGCUUGUUGUACGACGUCAGCUAUUAUGGACACGAGACCGGGUACCAAGCUAGUGACGAGUCGCAAAAAUUGGCGAGGUUGGUUCAAUCGACGCCGGUGAUGAUGAUGGGAGGAGAAGAGGAAGAAAAAACCGUUUUCCAGAAAAGUGGCAUCCUGAUGCAAAGGCACACAGAGGUGUUUCAUCCACUAAAGUUGGUCAUUAAUCGCGAAUCUUUUACCAAGAUUUACAACUGUUUAUCCCAUUCAUUCAUGUGCGAUCCAGAACUAAGUAUCGCCAAAGUGGCAUGGUGUAUCGUGCAACUAUUCAAGCAGCACGAGAAUAUAAUCUUUUUCGAAUCGAAAUCAACAACGGCAACUUUAGCGCGCUUGCUACCGGAACGGUUUACCUUGAUCAACGAGAGGCUCUUUUUGGGUGGGGAAUCUAAAGUGCAUCCUGCCCGAGAGAAGAAUAUGUUGUUACCAGAAUUGAAACAGUUGUACUCUGAGUUGUGCAAAUAUUCUGCCGACGCAGAUCCAGACUUUCCCGAUUUGUUUGCCCAUUAUUACAAUUUGUACUGCACCCACCCUGCGGUCGCGUGCACCAGAGACAAUGAAUAUAUCCAAGAAGUGCAUGCAACUGUCGCGAUAUUGACUGACCCUGGCAGCAAAGACGUGCCUCUUGACGGUCCCAUAUCGAUGAUUCUUCUGUUGCAAACUCAUCUUAUUGCAAGCGACUGCCAGGAUCUCUCGUCGACCCUCCUCAUGAGGCAGAGUUUUUUCGAGUUUCACGAGCAGUGGGACCUCAGGAGGCGCAUGCUUUUCAUUUGGCUCAAGAAAGUGGAACAAAUCGCGAGCAUGUCCGUAAAAGAGACCACCCAAGACCGGCUUUUAAAGCGUAUUCUACGAAAAUGGCACAUUCGAUCGAGACAGGUUGAGUUUUUGAAUGCAGAGGUGAUAAACUAUCGUCGACAAGUUCUCCAAGAACAAACUUUGUUAAAAUUCAGGAAAACUGCGGCAUCGUUGGGAGUGGAUGAGGCAAAAGCCGAUGCCAUGGUUACGAAGAAAUUCUUAAAAAUGUGGCAAGAGAAAUGCUCCAGUCUGAUGGAAAGUGAGAGCCGCGCGUGUGAAAUUGACUGCGUCAAUUUAUGGAGACGCCAUUUCACGGUAUGGCGCUUUUUGGCGUCGCAAGCUGCAGAGAAAGCCAAAAGCUUGAGCAUCAAGUGCAGCGAAGAAGAAGAGGCUCUCGAGAGGAAACUUUUGCUUCGAGUAUGGACCUCUUGGCACAGGAAAACACUCGUUGACUCAAAUUCUCGACUUUUACAGAAAAAAUUAUGCAACUUCAAGACUUUACACAGGGGGAAACUUACAGCAAGCUAUUACCAAAAGUGGCUCAAACUUUUCAAGUUUAAUCUUGAAUGCGAAAUUUUGCGAAAUAAAUUUUUAGAAUCAAGAUCCAGGAGCAUUCUCGUGAAUUGGAGGCACCGAGUGCAACUGUUGGAGAUUGCGCACGAUUUCCACUCGAGACACAACACCCAUGUCACUUCCAAUUUUUUCAAAAAGUGGAGCGCCAAGGCAUCGCAAAACGCCAAGGCCGAUGAUGCCAAUCGCCGAUUUGUUCUCAGAACUUCACUACGGAUGUGGAAACUCCACUAUGAUUACAAAAAAUUUGAGCGAGAAGCCAAAACCAGACUUCAAGUGCAACUUUUAAAGGCCUGGCGCUUGCGUUGCAUAGGAAGAAAACUUGCAGCUGUUAAAGAUGACAAAUUGGCGAGACAAAUAUGCGCAAGAUUGAAAACUAGAUGCACAACAAGGCUGUCGCUUGAUAAAAAGGCUGCAGAUUUCAUCGAGUUGAAAUUGAAAAAGAAUACCUUUUCAAAACUUGAAAAUCGUUUGGCUCGCAUCGAAAGUCUCCAACAAUCGUCCACAGUGACCCAGCUUGCCAAAUUCUUGCAAGUUUGGAGAGGACGCUUGUCCAAUUUUAAACACUUGGAAAAAGUUGAAUUCAAGGAGCAGAACUUGCCCAAAAAAAUGCUUAUGAUUUGGUUACAAAAGACCGAUGAUGCAGUAGAGAUGCGUUUACUGCAGAAUGUGGAACAACUUGAUUUGUAUACUGACCAGUUGAUCAAACGAAAAUAUCUUCGACUCCUUCGGCAAAGGCUUGAUGAUGCACAAGCUUAUUUCUCGCCAUUAAAUGACAUUGCCAACAACUUUAACAGCAUUUCUUGCGUGAGGCCCUUUUUUACUCGGUGGCAAGAACGGUGGCGUGUAGUUGAAAACUUGGAAGAUUUAGCUGGAGAAUGGAACGAGACACUCCUCGCGAGCAGACUUGGAGUCUGGUACGCAAAGUGGAGCGCAAUCAGAGAUAUGGAGGAAGAAGCCGCUGAUCUUAUGGAUCAAAACAUUUCCAAAAUAGUCAGGGCAAUUAUCCAACGCUGGGAUUUCAAGUACCGAAAGAAUAUCCGGAGGCAUCACCAGCUCUGCGAGGAUUUCAAAUUGAAAAAGGACCUGAAGCAACUACUAGAUUUCAUGAACUUGUGGAUCCACAAACUCAAUGUCCGGCAAACUGUUGACCUUGACGAGGAGUCCAUCUUUUUGAAUAAUUCGUCGCCUUUGGCCAGGAGAAACCAAAUGCGAAGGUCGCUGAGCCUUACUCCAGAUCGAAGCAGAAGGUUGACCACUCCGCGGUCGAAACGCUCGAGUCCGACAAGACUACAGGAGACAACGCAAAGGAUCAGAGACCAGCGAACCCGGAAUUUGCUGGAAAGAUUUGCCAACAUUAAGGAGCUGCCCUCGCCCAAAAGGCGCCCGCAGCCGGUGCCUUUGAAAUUGGAGUACCUGGUGAAUCUACCUCCACCUUCGCGAACUGCAAGUCCCAGGCAGCUGCCGGCAAAUACAAGUUUUGACGCACCGCCAAACAUUGUCAACACUGCCAAGAGAAUGGGCAAGAUUCGACCGAUUUCCUUCCCGGUUGAAGAAGAAGAAAAGGAUUUACGGAUUUCGCCGCUCAAUUUGUUGAAGCAAGCUAGAUAUGCUACGAAUAUUUAG